GCUGCAAUCGUAGGCAUGCUAACUUAUCCCAUUGAACUUCGUGGGACUUGCUUCCGAGAGGAGACAUGGCCAAGCUCAGGUUCUGUAAGUGUUUGUUGGAUGAGAGCUUUAAAACAUGAAGCCCAGAGGAUAGUUUCAGUAAGCUCUUCCUCUCCGAAGAAGCGAUUACUUUUUUGAUCAUCUUGGGAGCUUCUUGCAGAUGCAAAUCGUGUCUCCGGCCAGCAGGAGGAAGGAAGAGGAAGUGAGAGCAGAGACAGCGGUAGCAGCAGCCUCUGAGAGUGUGUGUUCCAGUCUGAUGAUGGGAUAGAGUCAGAAAGCGAGACACCAAAACAAGCAGCGGCAAAAGGCGAACUUCAAUGGUGGAGGAGGCGCUUACAAGGCGAGAGGAGCUGCUGGGGUCUCUAGUCCCUGCAUCAGACAGCCAACUUCAUUCUCCAUCCCCUGCACUUUGUGGAACUGAUUCUAACUGGCAGAGUCUGUUCUUUUAAAAAAGCUGUGAAUGAAAGAGACACUCUGCAGCAUUUGGUGUUCAGUCUCACAAACUAAGAAGAACAGUGGCAACUAAAAUGCCGCCUCCUGCAGAUAUCGUGAAAGUGGCGAUAGAAUGGCCAGGUGCCUUUCCCAAGUUGAUGGAAAUUGAUCAAAAAAAGCCAUUGUCUGCAAUCAUAAAAGAAGUCUGUGAUGGGUGGUCUCUUCCAAAUCAUGAGCAUUAUGCACUGCAGCAUGCUGAUAGUUCUAAUUUCUAUAUCACGGAAAAGAAUCGUUAUGAAAUAAAAAAUGGAACAAUACUUCGAUUAACUACAUCACCAGCCCAAAAUGCUCUGCAACUCCAUGAAAGGAUCCAGUCUUCUAGUAUGGAUGCCAAGUUGGAAGCACUGAAAGACUUAGCUAGUUAUUCACGUGAUGUAACAUUUGCCCAAGAAUUCAUAAAUCUAGAUGGCAUUUCACUCCUAACGCAGAUGGUGGAAAGCGGCACUGAACGAUAUCAGAAAUUGCAGAAGAUAAUGAAGCCCUGCUUUGGAGAUAUGUUAUCCUUCACGCUGACUGCAUUUGUUGAGCUGAUGGAUCAUGGAAUUGUAUCUUGGGAUACAUUCUCUGUGGCUUUCAUAAAAAAGAUAGCCGGUUAUGUGAAUAAAUUUGCUAAUGACAUUGCUAUAUUGCAACGCUCACUAGCCAUCUUGGAGUCUAUGGUGCUGAAUAGCCAUGAUCUGUACCAGAAGGUGGCACAGGAAAUUACAAUUGGCCAGUUAAUUCCGCAUCUUCAAGGGGCAGAUCAAGAAAUACAAACGUACACCAUUGCCGUAAUAAAUGCACUUUUCCUUAAAGCGCCUGAUGACAGGAGGCAGGAAAUGGCAAAUAUCUUAGCCCAGAAACAGCUUCGGGCAAUCAUCUUGCAAUAUGUUAUAAGAGCUCAGAGGGCCAUCAAUAAUGAAAUGGCACAUCAGCUUUAUGUUCUGCAAGUGCUCACCUUUAACCUAUUAGAAGACAGAGUGAUGACCAAAAUGGAUCCCCAAGAUCAGGCUCAAAGAGACAUCAUAUUUGAACUCCGAAGAAUUGCUUUUGAUGCAGAAUGUGAACCCAACAGCAGUAGCGGCAACGUUGAGAAACGCAAAUCAAUGUAUACCCGGGAUUACAAAAAACUUGGAUUUAUUAAUCACGUGAACCCAGCGAUGGAUUUUACUCAGACUCCUCCAGGAAUGCUAGCCCUUGACAACAUGCUGUACUUUGCCAAACAUCACCAGGAUGCUUAUAUCCGGAUUGUCUUAGAAAACAGCAGCCGAGAAGACAAGCAUGAAUGUCCGUUUGGUCGAAGUAGUAUUGAAUUAACAAAGAUGCUGUGUGAAAUCCUGAAAGUAGGAGAAUUACCCAGUGAGACCUGCAAUGAUUUCCACCCAAUGUUCUUCACACAUGACAAGUCGUUUGAAGAGUUCUUCUGCAUUUGCAUCCAGCUGUUGAAUAAGACAUGGAAAGAGAUGAGAGCGACCUCUGAAGACUUCAACAAGGUAAUGCAAGUGGUGAAGGAGCAAAUAAUGAGAGCACUGACCACGAAGCCUAGUUCUCUGGAUCAGUUCAAAAGCAAACUUCAAAAUCUAAGCUACGCAGAAAUACUGAAAAUCCGCCAGUCUGAGAGGAUGAACCAGGAAGAUUUCCAGUCUCGUCCAAUUUUGGAGCUAAAGGAGAAGAUUCAGCCUGAAAUUUUAGAACUGAUUAAGCAGCAGCGUCUUAAUCGUCUCGUUGAAGGGACCUGCUUUAGGAAACUCAACAGUCGACGGCGGCAAGACAAAUUUUGGUAUUGCCGCCUCUCACCCAACCACAAAGUCUUGCAUUAUGGAGAUUUGGAAGAGAGUCCCCAAGGAGAAGUUCCUCAUGAUUCCUUGCAGGAUAAGUUGCCUGUGGCAGAUAUAAAAGCCAUUGUGACAGGGAAGGACUGCCCUCACAUGAAGGAGAAAGGAGCCCUUAAACAAAACAAGGAGGUGCUUGAGCUUGCUUUCUCUAUACUGUUUGACUCAAAUGGACAACUAAACUUCAUCGCUCCUGACAAGCAUGAGUAUUGUGUGUGGACAGAUGGCCUCAAUGCCCUUCUGGGAAAGGAUAUGAUGAGUGAACUGACACGCAAUGACUUGGACACUCUGCUCAGUAUGGAGAUAAAGCUGCGUCUCCUGGAUCUGGAGAACAUACAGAUCCCUGAUGCCCCCCCACCCAUUCCAAAGGAACCAAGCAAUUAUGACUUUGUUUAUGACUGUAAUUAAAGAUACUCAGACUUCCAAGACUUACAUUUAAACUGGAAGUAUUCUAACUGGAGAGAUUUUUUUUUUUAAAGAAAAAGAGAAGAGAACAAGAUAUGCACGCUGGACUUCAUUUGUGGGGGAAAUCGUAAAACACUCAUUCUCCUUACUUUCUACCCUUCUCUCUGGUACUGUCUACCCCAUUUCUAGUUAAAAACACUGCUUUCAUUAACUUCUCACCAUCGGGCAAGCGCAAGUGAACAUUCCCACUUGAGAGGUGUCCCAAAAGGAACUCCAAUAUAAUGCAGGGAUGCACAUUCCAAAUAAAAGGACAGUGUGGCCAAAAUACAUGACCACCAAACCAAAUCCAGCAUUGCAGAUGCUUUAACUGGAAGAGAAGAAGUAGAGAAGAGGUAACGCUACUGUAAAUGAAGGGUGAAGAAAUGUCAUUUCCUCCCCACUCCCAAUCAUAGAGGCAGCUCAAUAGCUGACCUCAGUGAAAAUGAAGGAGGUAAUUAACAGCUUGUACCCCAUUUGUUGUCAUGAUCCCAACUACUCUUUCCAUUAACACCAGCAUUUUCCCUCAUUUGUGCUGUGUCAAGUGACUGUUUUUUAGGAUGAUGAGUAAACAGGUCUUUGCUGCAACCAUUUCUAACCUCUUAAUAGCUAUGACUUAAUACAAUCUUUCCCAAGUGUUUUCCACAGAGUUCUAAUGAAGCCACUUGCUGUUUUAUGUCCCUGUUGUGUUAUUACAUAUCACUAAAACUGGUGGGGCAGCGGGGUUGGUUCAGGGUGGGAUUAAUUAUAUUGUCUGCAAAGUGGCAGAUGCCAUACAUUCUGAAAAGUGCUAUGAAUUCAGGUUUACAUCCUAGAAAUUUGGAAGGUGUUGCAGAUUUGCAAGAUAUUGGGUUUUGCACAAAGCAGCUGAACCAUUUUUUUUUUGCCAAAUAUAUAUUUAAGAAGAAAAUUAUAUUGUGUGUACUUUUUAAAAAAUUAUCUGUGUUUUAAUUUCCAUAUGGUACCUGGAACAUUUGAUCUGGAGGAGAAAAAAAUUCACCGACAUUCCCAUCAACUUUGCUGUUGAAUAAAACUGGACUUGUGCUUA